AACCGACAUUAACCGCCGCUUUUUACCGGACCGGACAGCCCUUAUCCGGUUUAUAAAUUAUAACCCGCUGCCGACUAAUUCCGGGUCCUGAAUCUGAUUUCCGAUCCACCGUCCACGUAAACGAGAAGGUAGAUAAAGAAAAGAGGGAGCAGCAGACGGGAAAAAUAAUUCAGAGAAAUCGUGGCCUAAACUUUUCCCGAUUUCCGGCGAUCUCUAGGGUUUUUGAUUCUUUUCUCUACAGCGCGGCAGAAGAAGAGAGCAAUGCCGGUACUAGGUCCUUACUCAGGCGGAAGCACCCUCUGUCUGGUGGCUCGUGCAUCGGCGUUCAGUGUCGGGGUAGUGUACGGAAGUUUGAAGCUCAAGUAUCUUACGAUGACGAAGAAGACCCCGAUUGGAGCCAAGGGAGGACACCCCAAAUGAUCAUGCACUUGCUGCUGGAUGAUUUGCUGUGUGAUGAACUACGGGGAGUCCGUGUUUUUGUUAGCUGAAUAAGAAUAUUUGUAGCACAUUAUGGCACAGUUGUUUUGGAUGAGACACAUGAGCUAGCGAUUCAGGCUCACAUUGAUUACCAUGUCCAGUUAUGUUUACAGAUAGAUUGACAGUGCUUCUGAUUUUACCAACUCUCUCAUUGUUGAGCAUGUAAAGGAAGCUCCAUUUCCAAUUCCAUCUAUUUUACUACUGAUUGUUAAAUUACUAGGUCAUGUGCUUGC